AUGCCCCUGAAACGGAUUAAUGAGUUUAGAAAUUUGGCCCAUGACCCUCCAGCACAAUGUUCUGCAGGUCCAGUUGGGAAUGAUGUGCUUCAUUGGCAAGUCACAAUUAUGGGACCUAAUGGCAGCCCAAAUCAAGGCUGUGCGUUCUUUUUGACAACAAAUUUUCCUACAGGCUACCCCUUCAAACCACCCAAGGCUGCAUUUACAAGAAUUUAUCAUCCAAAUAUUAACAGUAGUGGCAGCAUUUGUCUCGAUAUUCUAAGAUCACAGUGGUCUCCUGCAUCAACUAUUUCUAAAGUUCCUUUAUCCAUUUGUUCACUGCUAUGUGAUCCAAACCCAGAUGAUCCCCUAGUGCCAGGGAUUGUACAGAUCUAUAAACCAGGCAGAGAUAAGUACAACGGAAUAUCUCAGGAAUGGACUCGAAGUAUGCCAUGUGAUGCUACUUUAAAGUCAGAGUAA